AUGUCGACCUGCUGCCGGACGUGCGACCAUCGCAAUGAUGCCCUCCAUGCAUCUCCAUCAGCACCGUCUCAGCUUGAUGUCUGCCUCGUCACACUUACGUUUAAGGCGCACAUCUCACCUAAUACAAAGGGAUACGCCGCACUCAACACGGUCUUGAACAACAUCAUCGACAGCGAAGAAACCCUAACACAUCCUACCACUUUCACAUCCUGGUCGCCGUGUCUGACGGAUCCGAAAGUUGCGAUAAUAGUAUCAACAGCACAGGAGACGUGUUCGAGCGGAACAUCGCCCAUAUUUGAUGACCUCCUGCAGCACCUGGCAACACCGCCAAGUGUACAACAUGUCUACCUGGAUUUCUCAGUUGUUUCACUUGCUGCCUCUGCACCGGAUCACAGAGUACCAGUAGAGAUUAUACAAUUGCAAGCCCCUAAUCCCAGCAUUGCUGCUAGCAUUGGCAAGCAUUUUGGCUGGGAUCCGAAGCGCUCGUCCCUAGCCUUACAAAUGCAGAGCUACGCAUCUGCGGGCUUCGAUCGACCAGGCGAUUUAGUUAAGGACUUUUGGGCAUGGGCUGAACUGGGGCAAGACCCUCUUACGCCACAAACACAACGAGGAUCAUUUGCUUCAAGUUACGAAAGCUUGCCCGAGCCGAGUCAGCUGAGAAGUUUCAACUCAGACGAAAAGAACAUGUCCCUUCCUUUCCUAGAAGAAGAUGAAGCACAAGCCACGGACGACGAAACGCUCAUCAUGAUAUUUCAAUGGACGAGCCACACUGACGCCGCGCGUUUCAAACAUCCUUCACAAGCCAGCUACGGACAAAACGGACAAGAGGUCCGUCGAGAUCUAUGGGACACCCAUGUGGCGCAUCCAGUAAGGCAACUGCAAGGCUUCGGGGCGAAGGUGAGAUCAUACAAGUUGGAAUUGAGGGCGGUGGAGCCUAGGCAGGCGUGCGUUGAGGAAUGCACGACCGGUAGAGUAAGGAGUGGGAGUAAGAGGCUGAGCAUCAUGGCGUCGGGGUUGAGCGAGAAGGUCACGGGGCUUUGGCGGUGA